AUGCGCUCCGGAUCCCUCGUCCUCGCCCUCCUGGGCCUCGCCCUCACCGCCACAGCCGACGACGAGAAGAUCCAAGUAGGCUUCGGUCUGCGCCCCUGCCGCGAGAUAUGCUACAAGAAGGCCUCGGGCUCGGGCUCUAGCCGGGUCCACGAGUGCGACGACCUCCCGUCCUGCGGCAACCUGUACCGGUACAAGGACUACGUCAGAGGUCCCGCGGCGACGGCCACUACCGCGGCAUCGCGGGUGCCCGAACCCACGCCGGCCCCGGAGCCGAUCCCCACGUCGAUCUCCGUGACGCCCUCGACCCCUGCGACGCCUACAGCUCCAGCCCAGCCGGCUUUCCCGUGGAGAUGCCGGGGUCGCUGGCCUAUCAAGCGGCCGUGCAGGACUCCCGCCAGCGCUUCCGCCAGACCAACCAAGGCGUGCUUCCUGACGACCUCGAUCCCCGAGACCAUCACGACUGCCGAGACUAUUACGACCCCCGAGUGUCCCAUGCCGACCACCACCACCACCACCACCAACGAGACAACGACCACCCGACGAUGCAAGCCGUGGGGGUUCAGGGGCUACGACCCGAGGUCCUCUUGCGGUGCCCCCGAGGCCUCCUCCUCGUGA